ACAAACGACCUUCACACUCUCCGGAAGUUAAGGAAUCCAAUAUGGCAGCUUCUCCUAACACUUCGGCUACUCUUACGCCAAAAAAGAAAGAUGAGUCGUUCUUGGAUAAAAUUGGAACACUUGGACGCAAGAAGAAAAUAAAGGAAGUUAGUGAAUUAGUUGAAGAAGGUAAACAUGCUAUAGAAUCACCAACUAGUCCUACAAACCCUGAUAUAGGACCUGAAGGUUAUGUACUUGGUGAUAAUGAAGAGAGAUCUAUUAUUGAUCCUGCAUCUAGAGAAGAUCCAAAGUUAAAGGAACUUAUUAAAAUUUUACUUGAUUGGAUUAAUGAUGAAAUGGCUGAUCAGAGAAUUUUGGUAAAAGAUAUCGAAGAGGAUUUAUUUGAUGGACAAAUUCUACAGAAAUUAAUAGAGAAACUACAGGGAAUUAAAGUUGGAACACCAGAAGUAUCCCAGUCUGAGAUUGGACAGAAACAGAAAUUGAGAGUUGUAUUGGAUUAUAUCAAUCGUAUUUUAAAUGUAGGUGGAGGAUGGAAUCAACAAAAAUGGAGUGUCGACAGUAUCCAUUCCAAGAAUUUAGUAGCUAUUCUGCAUCUACUAGUAGCUCUUGCCAGACAUUUCCGUGCACCAAUCAGAUUACCAGAAAAUGUUCAAGUUAUUCUGGUUGUAGUUCAGAAAACAGACAGUUUGUUACAAACUAGAAAAGUUGCUGAAGAAAUUACUGGUUGUAAUGAUGAUAUUGGGGCCAGAUUUGAACGUGAUGCAUUUGAUACUCUAUUUGAUCAUGCUCCAGACAAGCUUAAUGUCGUCAAAAAGACUUUAGUAACAUUUGUGAACAAACAGCUUGUUAAAGUGAAUUUAGAAGUUUCUGAUUUAGAUACCCAGUUUCAUGAUGGAGUAUUUUUAGUGAUUAUGAUGGGAUUAUUAGAGGAGUAUUUUGUGCCACUUCAUAGUUUUCAUUUAACACCUACAGCAUUUGAUCAAAAGGUACAUAAUGUAGCUUUUGCUUUUGAACUAAUGCAAGAUGCUGGUCUACCUCAACCUAAAGCUAGAGUGGAAGACGUUGUCAACCAUGAUUUGAAGUCUACGCUUCGUGUUCUAUACAAUAUAUUUACAAAAUACAAAGGAGUAGUUCCAGUGUCUGUAUCUGCCUAAGAUACUCAAGAUUCAUGGAUCAUAUAAAAAUAGCCCAGCAUUAUACAUGGAGGACAUUGCAUAUUUAAUAUUGUUCUAUGAAUAUGAAAUAUAUAAUAUAUAUUGUAAACAGCUAUUUAUUGGUUUGAAUAUCUGUAUAGGAGACAGAAGAGAAAGAAAUCUCAUGAACUUUUAAACACAGGAAUUAAUUCUUUAGUAUUUCACGGGUAGUAUUUCAGUUGUCAGACGAUGCAUUUGCUAAUUAUAUACUUUAGAGAAUGUUUUCAAUCCUGUGCCUUGACAAUAAUUAAUCUAAAUGAUAAGAUGCAAGGUUUGUUUAAAUUUUCUCUGAAAGAUGGUAAAAUAUUGGCAUUUUUAUUUUGGACAAAUUGAUGCCACAGUGCCCUGUAUAUAUUAUUUUUCUUAAUGGUGCUAUUAUUUAUUUUGUUUUAUUAGAUUUUUUUCUUGUUGCAAAUCUUUGUAAUUGAAAAUAUACAUUUUCAUUUCAUUACCAAUUUGAAUGUCUGUUCUUCAGAAACACUUGUGUCUUGUGUCAAAACCAUUUACUUCCAAAUUUGAAACAAAAUAUUAUUAAUGCAACACUGGUGGCUAUUUAUUAAGUUUUAAGAGAGAAAAGUGGGGUUUUUAAAGUUUGGUUGACACAAACUAGCUCAUUAGCAGUGGGAGGACCCGGGAAAACCCACGAGGUUGUCACGUACAAGUGGCGAAUCGAAACCACACCAUUCGACUCAAUGACAGACCUUCUGAUCCCGUGCACAGGCGUUAAAACCAUUCAGCCACGCGACCCCCGCAAGUCCUAAAGAACUAAACAUUCAAUUGGUUUGGCCUAUGUUUUAGAUGUGUGUAUUUACAGUUUAAUUCAUAAGUCCACCUGGUCAAAAAUUCUGCCAUGUUAUUUUUUAGAAAAAAGCAUUGUACAUCACAAAUCGAACUUUCAAAUCGAAUUGACAUUUUUGAUUUGUUAUUUAAAUUAUUUCAAAAUUUAUUUUUAAAAGAAAUAUUGUAUCAAAUUGAGUAGUCAUUUUUGAGUUGUUAAUUAAAUUAUUUCAAAGUUUAUAUAUGAAAGAAGUAUUGUGUUCUACUGUGGGAUACACAAUAAUACUCUUUAUGUAUACAAUAUGUAUAAAAUUUAUUAUUAAUUAUUCAUUAUUAUCUCUAUAAAACCAUAGUAACCAUUGUCAUCUUGUACAUUUCAAUUAAUAGUAUAGAAAUUAUGCAUGGUUUGUUUUGAUUAAAUAAACAAGUAGAAUAGAAAGUAGAUGAAAAUUAUGGUAAAAAUUGAGUAUGUAGAUAUUUAUUUAUUUCAUAAGAGGAUAAUUUAACACUGUGUCACAGAUUAAGAGACCGUCUCGUAAAAUUUCAACACUUGCAUCCAAACAAAUAUACCUUGCGGAAUUGGGUGGGUGAUUUGAACGACGCCACGGAUAGAAUAUGAUAAAUUAAAUGUCAGUUAUUUUUUAAUCAUGAACGGAAAUAUGUCAGUAUUUUCUUACUCUGUUGACAUGAAUGGGCAGGUAUCAAGAUUUAGUGUUGAAAUUUUACAACAGUCCCUAAACCAUCAUGAACAUUUGAUACUGUUUGUAAAGUAUUCAUAGUGAAACGGUUAGAUUUAUUGAUUGCUAUGGAUAGAAUGUUAUUCCUUAUAUAACAUGGUGCAUUAUCAUAGGUGUGUCAGGUGUAUAGACAGGGAGGGGUAUAGCCCUAUCAAAUGUGUUCUAAGAUGUUUUUGGGGGGGCAAAAUAGACACAAAUAAGCUAUUUACAGAUCAUAACCAGGCAAAUCAGAGACAUCCAGUCAAUCGUUUUACAGCACCUGUGACAUAUUAAGAGUCCUGCACACAUAGAUGUUGAUUAAAUCUACACGAUUGUUUUGUAAACUGGAAUUGUUACUGUAUAUUAUAUAUAACUCAAAUCAGUUAUUUCUAUUAUGAGCCAAUCUUCACUUGGCUGAAAUAUGACUUUAUAUAAGUCUUUGGUAUUACUUGCACAAUUUCAACUGAACUGCUCCCUCCUUACAAGAAAUUGUAGAAAAACGUUCAGCCAAAAUGUAGCUAAGAUCAAAGCAUAGAUAAUACUAUGCUUUGGGUUUUCAAGAAAGAUAAUUGUGUAUUGAUAUAAAAUUAUAAUAUAUUCAUUAAUGUCUGAUUAGAUGUUAGAGAGUUAUUGAUUAAUAAUAAAUACAUUGAGCCAAAAUGUAGCUAGAGUCAAAGCAUAGCUCAUAUUGUUCUUUGGGUUUUCAUGAAAGAUAAUUAUGAAUCUUGAUAUAAAAUUAGAUAUUAGAGAGUCACUGGUUAUUAAUAGUUAUGUUUUUAUGUAGUUAUUUAUAUAUGCUUUUGUAUCAUCUAUAUUAUUAAUACAAUUUUUAUAUAAUUUUUGUUA